AUGAAUGCGCGAAGCUCUUUGACACCAGUAUUUCGAAAUGUGUCGAACCCAAGAUCAUAUGAUCCCCAUUUGCGGAUUCUAAUAACUCCUUCCUCUCGCUUCCGCGUCCUCCGAUGGGCCUCACUCCAGUUCGUUGCCCUUCUUUUGGUUGCCGGAGAUAUGGUCGGGUAUGAUGGACCUGAUGCGUUCGAGGAGGGUAAAGCCAGUAGCGAUGACGCUGGGAGCGCAGUCGAGAACGAUGCGGUUGGGCAGGAUGCGAUCGAAAGAGUUGUAAUCGGCGAUGUGGCUGGACUGGACGCAAUGGAGGAGGCAGUUGAUGAGGCUACGGUCGAAGCUGCGGUCGGUGAUGUGGUUGGGUUGGAAGUAAUCAAGGCAGCGGAUGAGACUGUGCUCGGCGAUGCGGUUAAGCAGGACGCAAUCGAGGAGGCAGUUGAUGAGGCUACGGUCGGCGAUGCGGUCGGCGAUGUGGUCGGUAUGGGUGAUGGUCGCAUUGCGUCUAAAGGGAUCCAGUUUUUGGAGCCGUUGAUAAAGAUGCUUGGCGCGAAUAUGGGAAAGAUGAGGCAGAAGAUGUUGUCAGGAAGAUGA